AUGAUCCCCGCCUUCGAUCAUAAGAGCGAUGAGGAAACCCUUGAAAUGUCAAUGGGGAUCAGCUCCGCGCUCGAAUUUUCUGAGCCACCUCGGAAAAGAACUGCAUAUGCUCCAUCGCAACAAAUACCAGGCAAAAUAGAAACACCCAGGCUUGAUUCAACAACUGCCUACAUCUAUCAGGAAGAAAACGAGGUACAGCCUCCCGACGACCCCGUUCGUACUACGUACUGCAUGCAAUGUAUAAAUGUAAGAGGGACUCCAGGAUAUCACGAACGAGUUGCAAGUUUGAUGACGCGAUUAUGGUGCUCAGGCUGCAAAGCCAAGCACCUCGCUCUGCAAUUCUCAGUCGCGUCUCGAAAGGCAACAACAUCUUCGAGACUUUACGUUGCUCACCAGGGCCACCUUGCAGGUUACCUGUAUUUGAAGGUGUCCUUGAAAGAUCUCGAGUCGUGGCAGAAUGUCGUCGGAACUAAAUCGAUAGACUGUACAGACCUAACCUGUCUAUUUCCCGGUGCCUCCCUUAAGUACACAGGUAUCAGCGACUUCUAUGCCGACCUCGAUGGCACCGCCUACGUGGCUUGGCUGAUACCGGUUAAUAAGUCUGAUGCUGAUACUUCUCCUACUUCUCUUAUGGAUUGA